AUGACUCAGAGUACCACCCCAAGUCUCUCGAGGGUAGGCUCACGCUCCUCUAUAUGGAGGUCCUGGAGCCCCGCGCUUGAAGGCUUGACAGACUACGAGAAGUCACGCCAAGAUUAUCCCUGGUUAGCGCAUGAUGUUAUUGAUGAUAGGCGUUAUAACUCCAGCGCAUCCAGUCGGCCAAGGCCGUUAUCAUCGCUUAUGGAGGUCCCUGAUGCCAUGAGCCAGUCGGAUCAGUCGGCCGAGUCGGUUGGUGAUAUAGAGGAGCAGUUGGUUCCUGAGGAUGUUGUCGAAUCAGAUGACGAGGAUCCCGAUCUUGUGACCUGGGAUGGCCCGGAUGAUCCUUCAAAUCCCCAUAACUGGACCAAAAACAAGAAGUGGCUGUCCACGAUUCUAGUCUCUUGCUUCACCUUCAUUUCCCCAGUCUCCUCUACAAUGUUGGCACCAGCUCUGCCAGACUUGGCAACCGAGUUUAACAUCUCAUCAGAUUUUGAGACAUAUCUGCUCAUGUCCAUCUUCCUUCUCGCCUACGCCAUAGGACCUUUCCUUCUUGCCCCGCUGUCAGAGAUGUUCGGAAGAGUUGUUGUUCUUCAGUCAGCCAAUAUGUUCUACUUGGUAUUCAACACCGUGUGUGGCUUCUCACAAACGAAGCAGCAGAUGCUUGUCUUUCGGUUUCUAAGCGGUCUUGGAGGAAGUGCUCCACAAGCGCUUGGAGGAGGUGUCUUGAGUGACUGUUGGCGAAAAGAAGAACGAGGAACUGCUACUGCUAUCUACAGUCUUGCGCCUUUCUUAGGGCCUGCUAUUGGACCCAUCGCCGCUGGUUACCUCACUCAGUACAUGAACUGGCGUUGGAUCUUUUGGACGGUUUCCAUCGCCGACGCUGUUGUUCAAGUACUCGCCUUUCUGUUUUUGCAAGAGACCUACCCACCCAAGAUUCUCAAGAUCAAGGCUAGAAAGCUCCGCAAGUUGACCGGUAACAAGCUUUUGCAUACCGAAUUCGAGCAGCGUGACCGUACUUUUGUUUCUUUACUUUUUCAGAACUUGAAGAGGCCUUUCAUUAUGCUCUUCACACAACCAGCUAUACAAAUCACCGCAUUGUAUCGCGCUUACCUAUACGGUUUGAUGUAUCUUGUAUUCGCUUCAUUUCCUAUGGUGUGGGAAGAGCAGUACAACCAGGAGCCUGGCCGAGCCAGCUUAAAUUACAUCUCACUCGGCGUUGGGUUUGUCAUCGGACUUCAGAUUUCAGGACCCUUGAUUGACAAGGUCUAUGCCACACUCAAAGAACGGUAUAAUCAUCCCGGGAGACCUGAGUUUCGCGUUCCACUGAUGUUUCCAACCGCACUAAUCACGCCGGCUGGUCUUGUUCUUUACGGUGUUUCCGCACAACUUCAGCUUCAUUGGAUUGUACCUAAUAUUGGAACGGCGAUCUUCUCGGCUGGACUUAUUCUUUCGUUUCAGUGUGCCCAGACAUACAUUAUUGACUCUUACGAGCGCUAUGCUGCCAGCGCUACUGGGGCUGCCGCUUUUGUGAGGACCAUGGCCGGAUUUAGUUUUCCUUUGUUCGCGCCGAGUAUGUAUAAGAAGCUUGGAAUCGCGUGGGGAAAUGGUUUGUUGGCGGGUACGGCUAUGGUUAUUUGUCUUGUUGCUCCUAUUGUACUUUGGCGUUAUGGCGUUUGGAUUAGGAAGAAGAGUCCUUACUGCGCAGGCUAG